CCUCUCACUCCCCUUAAUCUGCCGCUGCUUACAUGCUUCGAAAAUACAAGUCUCCCAAUAUAAGUGACAAUAUAUUUUUUUCACUUGAAAUCGUAAUUUCACCCACGUAUUAGGACAUCUAGCCUGGUGUCUACAUUCUAACGGCCUUGACUUUACUUUCUUGUUUACCAUUGAAAUCUUAUCUUUAAAUUGAUCAAUGAUACAUUGCCAUAUAUGUGUGUGAGGUAAGCAAUACUUAGACGUCUCUACAGUGCAGAUAAACCAAACUGGUUGUUUACGCUCUCAACGUAAGACACUCCACCUAAUAUCCACGAAAGUCUGUAUACCACCGCACCUUUUAAAAUGGCUCUCACCGUUGAGGCACUUCUGUCUUGCGAAGUAACGGAAACAGCAGGCGAAUCACCCAAAGCAUCAACUGCAGAGGACCACACUAGGAAGGCAACAUUACUCCAGGGUUCGUCUGGCAAUUGUUCCUUGACAUCAGAGACACAGCCCUUGUUGCUGCGCUCCCAACCCGGUGCCAGACAGUCCAGCCGAACCCCGGUCAUACAGUUGUUAGUGUUAUCUAUGGCAUUCAUGCUCGGAUUCUCUCCCUUAGCGGCUUUAUUGAACUUAGAAGGGAUUCUGAAUCCUGAGGUCGGAUAUUAUGCCUUAAUGGGCAAUUUCGGAGGCGCCGUAUUUUCUUUUGUAACAGCCCCUGUCAUUGGGCGUUUAUUGGGUGCCAAGGGAUCAAUCUUACUCGGUUGGAGCGGCCAGUUGGUCUUCAUAGCUGUACACUUUUAUGUGAAAGCCUAUAUUAUCAUUCCAGUUGCAUUCUGUGUAGGCAUAUUGCAUGCGCAAGCGAUGAUCACCAGUGGCAUUUUUGUGACCACGUUCGCCCUACAGUAUUCAGAAGUCACUAAAAAACCGCAAAAUACCGUCAUGGGAAUGUUUAACGGAAUAUUCUUUGCCCUGUUCUCGUUUGAAACUGUCUGGAGCAACCUCGUUUCAUCGUUGAUUCUAAUUCAACCUGUAGACGACUUUGUCAACGGAACAGCGGUUCCAAACCCAAUAAAUUUAAGUCAGCUAUGUGGACCAGCUUUCUGUCCGUGGGAGGAUACAUCCGGGACCUACAUUCGGCAGCCGGAACAGUACAUAGUGUACAUUCUUCUGGGGUGUUUUCUUGCAAUGCCAGGAACGGCUUUACUCAUAACAAUGUUCUUUCUUAAGAAUGUUCACCCAUCCAGCGGUGACGCCAUGCACGGUUCUAAAGACUUCUUCUUCGUCAUCGUCAACUUGAUAUUUAAGAAGAGACUGAUCCUCAUCAUCCCUCUUUUUGUAGCAAUAGCAAUUGAACAGGAGUUUAUCUUCACUGAGUUCACAAAGGCAUUUGUCAGCUGUGAGAUAGGCGUCCACUAUAACGGGUGGGUAAUGCUGGCCUAUGUUGCGGGUCAGUUGCCAAGCAACCUGGCAGCUGGACGAUUGGUCAAACACCUAGGCUGGCCUAUCAUCUACAUCCUGGCAUUCCUGUGCAACUGCGCAUGCCUGACUAGCAUGUUGUUCCUCGAUCCAUUAAACAGGGGCAUGGAGUUCUAUUUUCUCAUUCCGGUUGCUUGGGGGUUUUCGGACUCGGUGUGGACGGCACAGUCUUCUGCAUACGUGGGACAUCAGUUUCCUAACGAGAAGUGGCCAGCAUUUGUAGCAGUCCGUUCGGCCCUUUAUAUUGCAUGGGGUUUACUGUACGCCACAACAAACUCCAUCUGUAUGGAAGGCAAAAUAUACAUGGCUUUUGGUAUGAUGGGAUUUGCCUUGUGUUCUUUUGCAAUGUUUGAAUUCCUUCACCGUAAAGAGAACAGAAAGUAA